UUCAGGGGGAGGUAAGGAGAACAUAUCAGGAGGAGAAAGGAUACAGCCUGGAACUGGAAGCGUCCUGUACACACACACACAGGGACAAAUGGGCACAUGAUUCCUGCUUGGAGGACCCUGCACAGACCCCCCAACCUCACACCUGGUGGAUCUAAUCCUUUCCCCUCCGGACUCUGGAUUACCCAGCAGCCUGGCAGACGGGAGAGAUGCAUCUGAAGAAACUGGUAGAGCACAGAAAGGAAGCUCUGUCGGUGGUGAGUGGCGACCAGUCCCUGUUUGACUCGGCUUAUGGAGCAACAUCUCACCUGCCCAAGGCGGAAAUGACAGCCUCUGGGAACCCGGACUAUGGCCAGCCCCAUAAAAUCAACACACUCCCCCCACAGCAGGAGUGGAUCAACCAGCCCAUGCGGGUCAACAUCAAAAGGGAAUAUGAGCACAUGAACGGGUCCAGGGAAUCUCCUGUCGACUGCAGCGUCAACAAAUGCAGCAAACUCAUUGGAUCGGAGAACAACGGGAUGACGUACAACAGCUACAUGGACGAAAAGAACACUCCACCUCCAAAUAUGACCACAAAUGAGAGGAGAGUCAUUGUGCCAGCAGAUCCAACCUUGUGGAGCCAGGAGCAUGUGCGGCAGUGGCUGGAAUGGGCUAUAAAGGAGUAUGGACUGAUAGAAAUUGAGUCAUCCCUUUUCCAGAACAUGGAUGGUAAAGAUCUCUGCAAAAUGACAAAGGAGGAUUUCCUACGCAGCACGUCCCUCUAUAACACGGAAGUCUUACUUUCUCAUCUCAGCUACCUCAGGGAAAGCAGUUCAUCAUUGGGUUACACUGCCCCUUCACAUACAGACCAGUCUUCUCGAGUGACUCCUAAAGAGGAUCCUUCCUACGAUGCUGUCCGAAGAUCUGGGUGGGGAAAUAAUGUGAACUCAUCAGUCACAAAAAGUCCCCCCGUAGGAGGCACCCAAAAUGUGAAUAAGAAUGCAGAACAGCGUCCACAGCCAGAUCCUUACCAAAUAUUGGGGCCUACAAGCAGCAGGUUGGCUAAUCCAGGAAGUGGUCAAAUCCAGUUGUGGCAAUUUCUUCUCGAGCUGCUGUCGGACAGUGCCAAUGCUAGCUGUAUCACCUGGGAGGGCACAAACGGGGAGUUCAAAAUGACAGAUCCAGAUGAGGUGGCACGUAGAUGGGGUGAACGGAAAAGCAAGCCCAACAUGAACUAUGACAAGCUCAGUCGGGCACUGAGAUACUACUAUGACAAAAAUAUUAUGACUAAAGUCCACGGGAAGCGCUACGCCUACAAAUUUGACUUUCAUGGAAUUGCUCAGGCUCUGCAGCCUCAUCCCACUGAGACCUCCAUGUACAAGUACCCAUCGGAGUUUUCAUAUAUGCCAUCCUACCACACUCAUCAACAGAAGGUUAAUUUUGUCCCCUCACACCCUUCGUCGAUGCCUGUAACAUCUGGCUUCUUUGGAGCGACCUCACCCUACUGGAGUUCACCAAAUGCAAACAUCUACCCAAACCCUAACGUUCCACGGCAUCCCAACAGCCACAUGCAGCCGCAUUUGGGAAGCUUCUAUUAGACCUGUUCCACCACUUCAUGUGUCUUUGUUGCCUACUCGGUGGAUCUUUCCUGGAAUACAUUUCAUUUAUGAAGCCUAAGAAAAAAAAAAAAGUGUCCUUCGAUGCAAACCGAUCUCUGUACCACAACAGUAUUAUUCUCCAAGUACUCUUUUUUCCAUCUCUCUGCAGAAGAGGAAAACGGUCUUUGUGAGCCAGUAUUAAUUCAAGCUUGCUCUUGCCAGGAAUUGCAAGAGGAUUUGCUUGAACCCGAGGAUGUGAUAUGGAAGUUCUUUAACCAGCAUAUAACAUAUUGAUCCAUCCAACCAAGGGAUUUGCCUUAGACUUAUAUGCUUACGUUUUUGAGCAUUAUUGAUCUUUGAACUGUAGAAUAUCAAACGCACUGGAUGGCAAUAGGUAUAAGCUUUAAAACCAACUGGAAUUACAGCAAUAUUCAUGUGUGUGUAUGUGUGUGUAAUGACCAUAAGGGUAGUUUCAAUGCUCAUUGGGAGUGCAGAGUAACGCUCUUUAAGAUAAUCUUAAUAAACAGACAAGUAUUUCAUUCAAAGCCAUAAUUAUGGGGGUGCCUUUCAAAGUAAUCCGCUUACUGCAGAAAAUACCCAGGUAAAAGUUUAAAAGGACAGUUUCCUUACACUAUAGUAGAUAGGGAUACGUUCUUACAACUAUGAAACUUUGUAACCCUUUCUGAAUGUCAAAAAACCUAACUACAUCACCCCAGACACACAGUACCCGAUUUAAAAAGGUUUAUACUGAGAAACGCAGGGCCGUCAUAUAUGUUAUCUGUUAAAAGAAGAAACAGCAAUUUGUGCAGAGCUAAAUACUCGUAUAAUCUGACCCGUGUAGACCGUUCUCUAACAUUCAGUAUACUUCAUAUAUUCAAUGUUGUAAGAGAGGUCUACGGGAAGAGAUAUAAGAUUUAUAUUAAUAUCUACUGGAUGCUAAUUGCUGGCAAGGAGGACACGUACAGUAGUUUUCUCAUGUGAUAUGACCUAUCGGUCAUAGAUAGGCUGUUGCCACAUGAUGAGCUAUGAGGGAUCCUGCCCAUUCUCAAAUCGGAGGAAUAAAAGGCUCAGCUAGAAAAUAGCCACAGUCUGCCAAUGUAGGUAGCGCCACUCCAUUCCGCGUUUGUCACAGCCGGCUCAGUGGGACAUUUAGGUUACACCACUGCUUCAUUAGGAGUAGCCAUAGGACACAAAGAUGCGGCAAUAGUCAUUUUCACUGCAGCUUCCAUGUCACUGCUAUAGAUCAAAGGCGUCCCUCAUUCCCCUAUAGCAGGCCUGGCCAUCCAGCAGCUCCAGCUGUUGUGACUCUACAAGUCCCAGCAUGCCCUGCCAUAGUUUUAGCACAUCCUAAUAGCAAAACUGUGGCAAGGCAUGCUGGGACUUUAGUUUCACAAGAGCUGGAGAGCCACAGGUUGGCAGGGCCUGUCAUAUAGCCUGCUGUUGCAUAUUAACACGCAAGUCUAUAACGCUUUCUCUAUAAGCAACACUACUAGUCCAAUAUAUCAUUAUACUACAGAUUUCAUCUAGAAUAUACCUACGUGUCAAUACAAUACCGUCUAUACCACCAAAACAAGACUCAAACCGACGGCAUCUCUGUGAAAACAAAUGCACUGUCACCUGUAGCUUUCAGUAAAGGGAGACUCCUUCAAUCCACAGGCCUCGCGCCAUGCUGUAUAAUCUGACAAAGUCAACACUGCAGCACAAGGGACAGCUCCAGUUAUACUACAAUAAAAAGAACUAACACCUUUCUAACCUCUGCUCUCUAUGGGGGGGUACUCAAUUGUAAUCGGAACUGCCGUCUUGUCGGAAAGACGGCAGUUUCCGACUUUUUUAGGCCGGAAACUGUUCUGACCUAUUCAAUUCCCCUGCUGUAUUUCCAACAAGUCGGCAAUUCCGACUUGUCGGAAAACACGUGGAUCCACGUGUUUUGUCGGAAUCGCAGCCAAAUCAGACAGGUUUUAUCCCCGUUUCCGACAAUGUCAAUCCGACUUUAAAAAGAUUUGGCCACUCAUUGAAUACCGAGAUGUCGGAUCCUUUGCCUCAGAAAGGAUCAGACAUCAAUUUAAUAUUUAUAUAUAGAAAAAAAACACACAUUAUAGGGAAUCCAUUAACAUACAAAUUGUAAUAGUGCAGUCCUAAAUUUAGUGCUACACUUUAAUUAAAAUAAAAACCCAUGACAGACGUUUAGAGAAAGUGAUGCACGGGUAAUUAUGCUGUAACUAGUAAUGACCAGGUUCUAGGUUUUGUUUCUAAGUAUAAAUCAGAAAGUCAAAACAAGGAUCUGAUUGGCUGCCAGGGGUUACAGUCAUUUGUUGCACAAGUUUCCAUGACUGCUUGCUUGUGUCUUCAGCCUUCCCUGCACUGUGUGCUCACAAGAUUCUGUACACACAGACUUUAGUAGCUGAAGAGGUGUAGUGACAGGAAACAUUGAGGUGAGACCUAAACAGCAGUAUAGCUUAGAUGCCCCCCCCCCCCUCCCCCCCACACACACCCACCCCCACAUAGGAUUCACAAACGCUGAGCGUUUGUCAGUACAGCACCCAUAAUUCACCAGACAAACUUACUGUAUAAAUUAUGAAUUAUUUUCCUAUAUUUCACAUAACAAACCUUCCAUUACUACCCGCUCAGAAGUGAGAAUAUAUACAAAGCAUAUAAACUAACGAGUAGACCUCGGUCACAGAAAUGCAGGUUUUUUCUUACAGAACUGUAUUUUGAAUUUUGUACAGAUGGGUUUUUUUUUUCCACUUAUUUUUCUAAUUUCCUGAGCGUUUUUGUACAUUUUGGCUUUUUACCUUUGUAUUGAUAUCUCCUACUCUUUACAUUGAAAAUAAGAUGUAAAAUAAAGUAUUUUCAUAUCGUUAA